CUACUUUUCUGUUUACAGAACCAUCAUUCAAAGCAGCUGACCAAAAAGCAAUGUGCGCCUUUCAGAGGGAGGUUCUGUAUUUAAAGGCCUCGUCCCCUUGGAAGAGCUGCCUGCCUGUCCAAACCUAGUUCAGAGCGGAGAGCCAGCGGGGCCCCCCAAGGGCUGUUUUCCUCCCCUUUAUGGUUCUGCCCGAGACCCCCAGCCUAAUAGCAAAGGCGGAGGCCGGCGCCGCUACUACGUCCAGGCCGCGGCCGGCUCCUCUUCUUCCUCCUUCUGAGGGCGUGCAGCUUGUUUCGCGUGCGAGGGAGCUGCCGGAGUAGGCCCCGCGGCGGCGGCCCGCCCCAACCUCCCAGGCAAGUCCGGGAAGAGGCCGGCCUUCGCUGGGAGGCGUGCAGGCCAAGCAGAAGGCGAAAGGGCGGGGCGGCGUCAGCGUCUAGUCGGAGGAGGCGAGGGCGUGAAUGGCGGGUGAGGCGAGCGCGGGGCUCUUCCCCCAGUCAGGGGGCGCCUGAGAGAGAGCGAGAGACCGAGACUCCAGGCGAGGCCGGAGCUCAGCUGCUGCUAUGCAGCCCCUGGGCGCCCUGUGGGUGCUCCUCUGCCUAGCGAGGCCGCUGCUCGGCGUGGCCGCCCCAGAAUCUUUCUCCUUAUCUGCGCCAGAGAAUGUGACAAUUCAGUCAUAUAAUUUUGAUAAUGUAUUGAAAUGGUCUCCAGUUACAGCGAUCAAUGGUUCAGUGACUUAUAGUGUUGAAUGGAAGUUUAAAACACGCAUAGCAUCAGAAGAAAAAGUAUGGAAGAAAGUGAAUUGCAAAGAUAUUACAAAACCUGAAUGUAAUUUCAAUCAUGAGAGGAAUCAUGACUGCAUCAUUUUACAUGUUAGGGCUGAACAAGGGGAAUUAAAAUCUGCCUGGACUGAAACUAAGCCCUUUCGAGCACGGGAAGACACUAUUUUAGGACCCCCAAGAGCAAUCAAUGUAAGCUCAGACGGUACCAUGAUUCAUAUAAGCUUCUUGCCUCCCUUUGAGCCUGCAGAAAAUAAAACUGAAUAUUUUGAAUAUUUAAUUGAAUACUGGGAGGAAUCAACAAGUGAAAUACUGAGAGUUUUGAGCAAGAAUAGGAGGGAAACAUUCAAGAAUCUGAAGGAAAGGACUGUAUAUUGCUUUCAAGUAACAGCAUCAAUCCCACAUGUAAUCCUAACAUGCCAAAAAAGUGAAAUCAAGUGCAAAGAAACUACAACUGACUUAAUGAGAAUUCUGCAUAUCGUACUGAUAUUUGUAUUUGCAAUAUUUAUACUCAUUGGAAUAUUUGUGUGCAUAAAGUUUAUUCAGAAAUACAGAAGUGUAAUCAAAGCACUUUGGAUGCCGCCUCUAACAAUUCCAUCCCACUUCAAAGAGGAUUUACAAAAUCUUCACAUGACUGUGGUUGAAGAAUUUCAGAACUGUGCUGGAGAAGACCACUGGGACAAUGUGUCAGAAAUCUCUGAACAAAUAGAAACUGUGACAGACAAUUUUACUGAUCAAAAUCAAGAGUUGACAGUGGAAGAACAUAGAUGACAAGAUGAUUAAGUGCCUUCAACUCUCAUGUACUGAUGCUAAACCUCAACGUCAACUUGUGGACUUUCACUACAGAGAAAUUGUAUUAAUGCCCUCUGUUUAAGAACAGUUAGCUGCAAAACACACACACACUAUCCAUGUGUGAAACUGUGAAUGAGAAACCAGCAGUAAAAGCAUUAAGAGGACACACAUGCUAUAUGCUGUGACUUGAUUAUGGAUGUAUUUGAAUACUUGUCAAAUUACUGUGAAGGGUACCCCCUACCCGCCGCAGGCUUUUUAACAACCUUGCAAACACAUAAGGGUGCUCUGAUUUAGUCUCAGAGUGUGUAUGUGUGUGUGGUUUCUAAAAAGCCUGUGGCAGUAUUUAUAGGAAUUGACUGCAAUAGUAAAGUGAAAUUGAAUUGUAUAAUUUAUCUUGAUGGAAUGAGGUUAGCAAUUUUACCUGUCUUGGUUGCUGAAAGAGCAGAAAGACAAUCUGGAGGUGCCAAUUGAUACUCCCUUGCUGCUUAAUGUACUUAAGUUCUUUCCAUGGGCUUUGGCUAAUGGAGUUUUUGGGUGGAAUUCACGUUAGUGGUAGGAGAUUGUUCCACCAGCACAAGUGUUUCUGCUUGCCUGACAACCAUCUCCUCUUUCCUCCACUUGCAUGCUGUUUGUUCUGGGUGUUCUCCGGACCCUCCAGAGUAGAUUUGGGGGAGUAACUUAGGUUACUGUAUCCAUUCUGGAAUAAGGUGACCUUGAAGAUCGUUUGAGUACUUCAGCUGGUACAGACUACGUCGGCCCUUACUCAGACUACAGUGCAGAGGAAAAAUCCACUGAAGUUAUUUGAUCUUUUUCUAUAGCACUGGGCCGUACAGGUUUUUGCUCUUCACUAGGGCCACCUGAAAUGGUUUUCCUCUGCAUUCUUUCAUUUACUGUAACAAGAUCGAAACUGGUGAACCUUUAUUUUGCAGCACUUAUGUUGUGUGAUGCUUUAUCAAGUAAUUAAAUUACACAGAGGUCCCACUUUCUGAAUGCUUGCUAUGUGAAAAUUCACUUAUCUGAACAGGAGGAAUUAGUACCCAACCCUCACUACACAGCACAGAUUCAAAUAGCUAAGGAGAGAGCAUUUAUUAUUUCCUUGUUUGCCUUUUUCUGUUUGGCUGAGGAACUGUAGUGAUACUUUUAGUAAGGUCAAGAGGGUUUUCCUGGGUGUUUGCUUUUAGGGGUUAAAAUCUCAUUGUCAAGAACACAUUAGAAAUUUUCCUGUAGGAAUUGCCAACUUGUUAUGUGAAUGCUCACCUAUCAAACUAUUUCCAGGGACUGCAUUAUGUUCAGAAAGGGGGACCUGCGUAUUCUGCCUUCACUUUAUAAUUUCUAGUGACAGAUGAAAAUGUUUGUUUCUAAAUGCAUUUGCAAUCUUGCACAUUUUACAUGUUAUUGUGGAUAAAUUUUGCUUGAAUUGUGUGCCCUUAUUUUUAAAUGUGUUUUUGAAUCUGUUUUAGUUUUGCCCAUUGCCUUGCAAGCUCCAUUUUAAAAGCAGAAAAUUGUCAUACUGUGACAAAACCCUAGAAACAAUACUGGGAAGAAGGUAUAGAAUACAAGAAUUCAGUUGCAAGGUAUAAAGGGUUAAUAUAUUUUGUCUGAGAUACAUACUAACCCAUUAUUUUUCGGCUAGUAACGGGUAUUUAUCGCUAUCAGAUCAAGCUGUAAAACUAGUGUACAUUCUUAUUAAUUUAAUGGAGUUACUGUAUUCUUUUCACUUGUUUUUUUUAUUAUAUGCUAUUUUUGUGUUCUGUUUUCUAUUUACCACUUUGGGAUUCACCUAAAAGAAAAUGUGGAUUAUUAAUAAAUUAAAUGACAAUGAAA